AUGGAUGAAAAAAAUGAUCCCCCAGCAGCUAAACCUGAAGAUGAAGUAAGUGCAGCCAACAUUUCAGUCCAAAUGGUAUCUGAGGAAGACAAGUUGGCAAAGAGGAUUCUGGCAAGGAAAAAACAUGACAAAUUGAAGAGAAAAGAUAAGUUGCUGUGGAAUUUUCAAAACAAAAUAAUCCUCUUUACCUUCAUUCUAUUCAUUUUAGGAGUUGUAACCUGGACAUUACUGUGGCUCUUCAUUGUUCAGGCAGAAAACAAAGAUGCGCUGUAUUUUGUUGGACUGUUUCGUGUUGCCAACAUAGAGUUUCUUCCAGAAUAUAGGCAGAAAGAGUCCAAGGAAUUCCUCUCUGUGGCACAGACUGUGCAGCAUGUGAUGAACUUGGUCUACACAACUUCUUCUUUCUCCAAAUUUUAUAAGCAGUCCACUGUCUCAGAAGUCAGUAACAACAACAAUGGAGGCCUUCUUAUUCAUUUCUGGAUCGUAUUUGUGGUACCACAGGCGAAGGGGCAAGUGCUGUGUGAGGAUUGUGUGGCUGCCAUUUUAAAGGAUUCCAUUCAGACAAGUGUCAUUAACCGGACUUCGGUGGGAAGUCUUCAGGGCCUUGCAGUCGACAUGGAUUCCAUUGUCCUCAGUGCAGGUCUUCGGUCAGAUUAUUGGUCAACAACAGGAACAGGAACAAAUUGCAUGUAUGAUCUCUAUGCUGACCGACUACAGGAGCGCUUUCCUCUGGACACGCGAGCUACCUCCGAGGGAACAAUCUGCUACUUCAAGCUUAUUGCAUCUGUGGGCCACCUUAUCCGUCUUUCAAUAGUAUCCCUUCAGAUUGAAGCAGAUAACUGCAUCACUGACUCACUCACCAUCUAUGACUCCCUGAUGCCAAUAAAAGAUAAGAUACUCUACCGAGCCUGUGAACCAGCUGAUUCAUUGGUGUCACUUGUGUCCACAAAUAAUCUCAUGCUGGUCGUAUUUAAGGCAGCACAAGUAAAGGAGCAAAAGGGAUUCCAUGGCUAUUUUGAGGUCAUUACACAAGAAAGGUGUGGAAAAGCAAUAGUGACAAAAGAAGAAACUGGCUACGAAGGGAGAAUCACAAGUCCAUAUUACCCAAGCUAUUAUCCUCCAAAAUGCCUGUGUGCAUGGAAUUUCCAGACUCCACAGAAGCACCUUGGUAUAGCUCUGAAGUUUCAUAACUAUACCAUUAGUGAGAAGAAUAUUAAAGGCUGUGAACGAGGGUGGUGGAAAAUUAAUGAACGCAUGUACUGUGGUUACUAUGUCGAUCACCAAACAGUCUUCCACGUUUCAAGUUCUGCUGUCAGUGUGGAGCUUCAGUGCAGUUCGAAGGUCUCCGAGAAGCCCCUGCUGGUGGAGUAUGGCAGCUAUAACAUCAGCCAGCCAUGUCCACCUGGACAUUUCAAGUGUUCUACUGGCUUAUGCAUCCAGCAGAUGCAGCGCUGUGAUGGCAUAAACAACUGCUUCGAUGAAAGCGAUGAACUCUCUUGUGUUGUCCCUGAGUGGAACUGUAACUCCAGCUUCACAAUACAGGACAACUUGCUUGCCUGCAAUGGAGUAAGUGAUUGUGAAAAUGGAGAAGAUGAGCAGAACUGCACCCACAGUAUUCCCUGCACCAACCACACAUUCAAGUGCAGGAAUAACAUUUGCAUUAGGAAACAAUAUGCAAGGUGUGAUGGGACUGUGGACUGUGUUGAUGGAAGUGAUGAAAGCAGCUGCAGCUGUGGCAGUAGCAAGGUCAGCAGUCUCAUCUCUCGGAUUGUAGGUGGUUCAAACACUGAGGAAGGUGAAUGGCCCUGGCAGGUCAGCCUUCAUUUUGUGGGAGCUGCGUACUGUGGAGCAUCAGUGAUAUCGAAAGAAUGGCUUGUGUCUGCAGCCCACUGCUUUCAAGGGAGCAAGCUGGCUGACCCCAGAGCGUGGCGUGCCCAUCUGGGCAUGCAGAUGCAGGGCCAUGCCAAGUUUGUGUCUGCGGUGAGGCGGAUCAUAGUGCACGAGUACUACAACAGCAGGAACUACGACUAUGACAUCGCGCUGCUGCAGCUCAGCACACCCUGGCCCGACACCAUGAGCCACCUCAUCCAGCCCAUCUGCCUGCCUCCCUCUUCCCACAAAGCCCGCAGCGGGGACAGGUGCUGGAUAACGGGUUGGGGCCAAAAGCAGGAAGCAGAUGAUGAGGGCUCAGCAGUUCUUCAGAAAGCAGAGGUAGAAAUUAUUGACCAGACAUUAUGUCAUUCUACAUACGGGAUUAUCACAGCUAGGAUGUUUUGUGCUGGGCUAUCGUCUGGAAAAAGAGAUGGUUGUAAAGGUGAUUCUGGUGGACCACUGUCAUGUCAAAGCAAUGGAAAUGGAAAAUGGUUUUUGACUGGCGUUGUGAGCUGGGGUUAUGGAUGUGGAAGACCAAAUUUCCCAGGUGUCUACACAAGAGUGUCAAACUUUGCACCAUGGAUACACAAAUAUGUGCCUUCAGUCUUGUAACUUGAAAACUGUUUUCUUGGAAUAAAACAUAUCCUGGAUAUCUUCAUUAAAAUUAUAUUUGGAAGAAGUGUUCAGUGGUGGAAUUUCUUUGCAUGUGUCUUGCCGAUUCUGGAAUUCACAAAAGGGGGUAAUAAAUACCAUUGUUCAAGCUUUGGUGAAAAAGGAGGAGGCUGUUCCUUGUGGUGGUUGUUCUACACAGAUAUCUGGAGACAUGGCAGGAGAUGCAAUAAUAAACUUAAUGUUCAAGGCACCAACAAGUGCGGGUGCACUCAUCUGUCAGGAAGCUGAAGAUGCAGCUGAUUGUGUAAACAGAGAGCUUGAGGCUUACUUAUCAUCUCCUCUGAGAUAUGUGCAGCCAAUACAGAAGUAACUGUGAAAUAGCAAUGAACUGUUUGCAUUCUGGCAAAUACUACUUUCCCUGCCUCUUCCACCAAGAGCAGCUGACAGGGAGAGAGGGAGAGGAGACACUGUAAAAAGUGAAGUCAAUCCUUUCAAAUCUGCAGGGCCCUAAUUUUUGAAGAUCAGAAAUUGUGCUGCUAUAAGUGGUGAUUUGUUGCAUGCUUAUUCCAUCUCCUGCUUUCAUUUUAAUUAUCUGCACGAUAUGGAGCUACUAACUCUUUUAUUUCCUGUUUACAUUUCUUUAUUUUCAAGUUCAUUCACCUAAGAAUUUGAAUUCUUGAGCUUCAGGCAACUUUAUCAAGAUGAAUAAACAUGGUG